GUGCCUGAAUAUUUAAAUGGAUAUUUUAUUUUAUAAUAAUGUCAGUUGAAAGAAGAAUGAAUUUGCAAAAAUUAAAUGUUCAUUUGCCUCGUCAGUUAAACAGAUUAACUUCCUUGUUGUGAUAGUCGCCAAGUGACAAUUAUCCAACCAUUAUGGAGACAUCCAAAAGAAUUAAAUCUGAAGAUGGAGAAGAAAGCUCCUCGAAGAUAUCGUUAUCCGCGUUCCAUAUCCAGGAUUUGACAAUCAAAAUUGGUAAUGAAAAUCUGUAUGUAAACAGAGACCAGCUAAUGGCAGAGUCGCCAGUUUUCAGAACCAUGCUUACCGGAAACUUUAAGGAGAAGAACGCUCGUGAGAUUGAACUUCAUGAUAAAGACCCAACAACAUUUGCACUCUUUCUACAACACACAUUACCUGGUUUCGAUGGAUUGAUUUUGUCUGAAUCAACAGCUCGGCGUAUUUUGCCAUUAUCACACGAGUACCAGACAGAUAUAUCAAAGAUCGACAAGGUAUUGGCAACAUGUACAGGUCAAAAUGAAUACAAAUCUGUAGACAAGUUAAUCGAUCACAUUUUGGAAGCUGAACUCUACACUCUAUCAAAAUAUUUAACAGCUAGCAUUCAAAAAGCGAGCGAAUUCUCUCCAACAUCGUUUGAAAGAAACCGGAUAUUUCAUAGAAUAUCAAGUGAUACAAAAGCAAACAUUUUCACAAUGAGAUGUAAAGCCAUGGAAUCAGAUAUUUCCAAUUGCAUGGAUGGUUUACAAAGAUGUGUACCUCGUAGAUUUCAAUGUACAAACCAGGAUUGUCAUGCAAAACAAAAGGUUAGAGAGGCAAUAACUGUAAUCAGUAGUUCAAAAUAUAUAAAUUCUUCAUGAAAGCCGGGAUUUGCUACUAAAAGAAAUUGAUUGUUAUUGACUUUUAAUUAAAUAAUUUCAAUUUUUUUAUGUCAUUGAAGAUAAUGUUUUACAGUUAUUGAGCCAUUUUUUUAUUACAUGCAAUUGAAAAUUAAUAAAUAUUUUUUAGGAAAAAUAACAUUUCAAUUCUAUUCAAUUGCAUUCAUGGUUUAAAGAACGUAGGAAAACAUAAGUUUGUUUAUGAAUAUGAUUUGUAUAAUAUGAAUAGGAUUCUAUCAGCAUGUAGUAUGAAACUGCUAACAUAACACAUUGAAAACAUAGUGAUUAUUUACUGGGCUUAGUUAUUUUAGGCCUUCUCAUUUAUUUAUACAUUGUAAAUGUAAAAAGACAUUUAUACAUCUGGUGUCUAUUUUUGACAAUAUUUAUCAUGGAAUGAUUUUUAAUUACUUCUCUAAUCCUCUUUUACCGAUUAAAAAGUUUGGACAUUAA